AAGAAGCGGCUGACGCUCGCUGCCCUCCUCUACCUCCUCUUCAUGACGGGGGAGCUCAUAGGUGGAUAUGUUGCUAACAGUCUAGCAAUUAUGACAGAUGCACUUCAUAUGUUAACUGACCUUAGUGGUAUUAUUUUGACCCUGCUUGCUCUCUGGCUGUCUGCAAAAUCUCCCACAAAGAGGUUCACUUUUGGAUUUCAUCGCUUUGAAGUAUUGUCAGCCAUCAUUAGUGUAUUGCUGGUCUACAUCCUUAUGGCAUUCCUCUUGUAUGAAGCUGUUCAAAGAACCAUUCAUAUGGACUAUGAAAUAAAUGGCGAUAUCAUGCUGAUUACAGCAGCCGUUGGUGUUGCAGUUAACCUAAUAAUGGGUUUUUUGCUGAAUCAAUCUGGCCACCUUCACUGCCACUCCCAUUCCCACCCUCACUCUCACGUACCUCAGCCGACCUCUCCUACCGCAGCCCACAGCAGUGGCCAUGGACACAGCAGCCUUGCUGUGAGAGCAGCGUUUGUCCAUGCCCUCGGGGACCUGGUGCAGAGUAUUGGUGUGCUCAUAGCUGCAUACAUCAUACGCUUUAAGCCAGAAUACAAGAUUGCUGAUCCGAUAUGUACAUACGUAUUCUCCAUACUGGUGGUUUUGACAACAGUUCGAAUUCUGUGUGACACAGGAUUGAUUAUUCUGGAAGGAGCUCCAAGACAUUUAAAUAUGGAUCGCAUUAAGGAAGAUUUGAUGCAAAUUGAAGAUGUUUAUUCUAUAGAAGAUUUAAAUGUUUGGUCUCUCACUGCAGGAAAAACAACUGCCAUAGUCCACCUGCAACUAGUUCCUGGUAGUUCAUCUAAGUGGGAGGAGGUUCAGUCCAAGGCCCGACAAGUGCUGCUGAACACGUUUGGGAUGUACAAGUGCUCUGUCCAGCUUCAGAGUUACAAACAGGAAAUAAGCAAAACCUGCGCAAGUUGUCAGAGUUCCAGUGCCUAAUUUAAGAUGUUUUGG